UUUCCCACCCUCGAGAAUUGUUGCUCGUGAUUUGAAAGCUUGAAGCACCUCUCUCUCCAACGAGUCAUCCAUCAGAAUUCUUGCUCAGGGAUAGAAGUUAGGAAGCUAGGAAACUAGGUGCAAUGGCAGGCCGCAUAAUAGUCGACAGGCGAGCUACCCUAUCAGUCUUCCUCGUCCUGUUUCUGUUCCAGAUCUCCGAUGCGGCACCGGUCACCAGAGCGUUCCAGACCGCUGGGAGUGCAGCCGAUCAACGGCAGCGAAAGACGCCUCUUCGGAGGCUACUCCGCGAGAUGCGACGGCGAUUGGCGGAGGACGUUCCGGCGUACGAGCCGUGCGGCAUGAAGUACAUGGACUACUCGCCGUGCGAAGACCCCAACCGCGCGAAGAAGUUCGUUCGCGAAAAUCUCGCGCAUCGCGAGCGGCACUGCCCGAAGAGCACGGAGCUGCUCAACUGCCUCAUCCCGCCGCCCGUCGGCUACAAGCGCCCGCUGCCGUGGCCGCAGAGCCGCGACGAGGCGUGGUACGUGAACGUGCCGCACAAGCAGCUGACGACGGCGAAGGCGGACCAGAACUGGAUCCGCUACGACGAGCAGACGGAGAAGUUCUCGUUCCCCGGCGGCGGCACCAUGUUCCACAAGGGCGCGGACCACUACCUUGAAGAGCUCGGCAAGCUCAUCCCGCUCACGGACGGCACCAUUCGCACGGCGCUCGACACCGGCUGCGGGGUGGGCAGCUUCGGCGCGUAUCUGCUGAGCCGCGGCGUGCUGACGAUGUCGCUGGCGCCGCGCGACGGGCACGAGGCGCAGGUGCAGUUCGCGCUGGAGCGCGGGCUGCCCGCCAUGAUCGGCGUGCUCGCCUCCAAGCGCCUGCCGUACCCCGCGCGCGCCUUCGACCUCGCGCACUGCUCGCGCUGCCUCAUUCCCUGGUGGCUCGACGACGGGCGCCUCCUGGCGGAGAUCGACCGCGUGCUGCGCCCCGGCGGGUUCUGGGUUUUAACGGGCCCGCCCAUCGACUGGCAGCACUACGCACGCGGGUGGAACCGCACCAAGGAAGACCUAUCCGCGGAGCAGGACCGCCUGGAGGCCGCCGCGGAGAAGCUGUGCUGGCGCAAGUACAAGCAGGCGGGCAUGUUCGCCGUGUGGCAGAAGCCACUGGACGGCGAGUGCCAGAAGAGCAGGGCGGAGGCGAUUCCCCCCUUGUGCCCCGCGGACCAGGAUGCGGACCUGUCGUGGUACACGCCCAUGACAGCAUGUCUGACCCCGGUACCUGCAGCAGACGGCAGUGGCGUGGCGGGCGGCAGCGUGGACAAGUGGCCCGCGCGCCUCACGGCUACCCCGCCUCGCAUCGCCCUGGGGCUGCUGUCAGGCAAGCCCGGCGCUGCUCUUGCUAAAAGCGCUGCUGCCUCUAGCGCGGUUGAUGCGGAGGAGGGUGCCGAGGAGGAGGCGCGGGAGAGUGCGGAGGGGGCAGGAGAGGAGGAGGGGAGUGGUGGAGAGGAGAGCAAGGAGGGGAGUGAGGAGGAGGGCAAGGAGGGGAGUGAGGAGGAGAGCAAGGAGGGCAGUGAGGAGGAGAGCAAGGAGGGGAGUGAGGAGGAGAGCAAGGAGGGGAGUGAGGAGGAGGGCAAGGAGGGGAGUGAGGAGGAGAGCAAGGAGGGGAGUGAGGAGGAGGCGGACGAGGAGAGGGCAGAGAGAGCACAGGAGGAGAGCUCCAAUGGUGCAGGCAUUAAAGAGGAGGGCGCAGAGGAAGAGGAGAGCAGUGAAGGCAGUGGAGAGAGCGGCGAGGAGGGUGGCGAGGAGACAAGCAGUGAGGAGGACGUGCAGAGGCGGCGUCUGCAGGGCGAGAGUGGGAUGGUGGUGGAGGACCUGACAGUAGAAGACUUUGCAGCAGAUUCUGACAAGUGGCGGCAGCGCGUGCGCUGGUACAAGCGCAGCCUGCUUCCAGACCUGGGGCAGGAGGGCGGGCAGUAUAGAAACAUCCUGGACAUGAGUGCGGGCAUGGGGGGGUUUGCGGCGGCCCUGGGGCGCGAUCCGGUGUGGGUGAUGAGUGUGGUGCCGGUGGAUAGAGGGGACGCCGUGGGGGGGGAUGCUGAGGGCGUGGAUGCACCGGCGCACGUGUCGUUUGGCGCGGCUAACACCCUGGGGGUGAUCUACGACCGCGGGCUCCUGGGGACGUACCAGGACUGGUGUGAGGCAUUCUCCACGUACCCCCGCACCUAUGACCUCAUCCAGGCCAACGAGCUCUUCUCCCAGUGGACCUCCAGGCCGUGUCCUGUGGAGCAGGUGCUGCUGGAGGUGGACCGCAUCCUGCGCCCCGAGGGCGUGGUGCUCAUUCGCGACGACCUGCCCACGCUGCGCCGCAUCAAGCGCAUUGCACCCGCCCUGCGCUGGGACGCCCGCAUAGAGCGCCCCGGGAAGGACGAUGUUGUGGGCAAGGAUGGCGAGGAGGAGGUGGUGCUGGUGUGCACCAAGAAGUACUGGACGUCGGGGUAGAGGACAAGGCAUGGCGGAAAUUAGCAGUUGUACUGAGUUGGCUUAGGUGGACAAUUGGUGUAGGUUGAAAGUACUCCAGACCUACCGUGCAUAGCAGGUUAUUGACAAUAAAAACUGCAUUCAAUGAAUAUGUAUCUAGAUGCAAACAC